AUGCGGAGGGUUAAGACACAGAUAACGGAGCUGGCGGUUCCCGGGGGGGUGGUAACUGAGCCAAAAGAGAUUUUGAAGGCGGCAUCUGAAUACUACAGCGGUCUCUUUGGGGAGGAUAAGAGGACGGCACUCUCAAACUGGGUUCCAGCAGCGGGGAAAAGGCUUUGGUUCUCGGAGGCGGAGUGUUUGGAGGAGGACUGGACAGAAGCAGAGGUGAAGCGUGCUCUCAAGGAGAUGGCUGACAAUAAAUCUCCGGGGAAGGAUGGGCUACCGAAGGAACUUUUUGAGCAACAUUGGGACGUACUGGGGAAACACCUCAUGGAGCUGGUACAGAGCUUCACCUCCUCAUCGUCGCUCCCGACUAGCGUUAAGGACGCUGUAACCAUUCUUCUGCAUAAAAAGGGAGCAAAAGAGCAGUUAGAGAACUACCGACCGAUAACCUUGCUGAACUUCAGUUACAAAGUACUGGCAAGGGUGCUGGCGAGCAGAAUUAAAAAGGUGCUUCACAAAGUCAUCUCGGAGGAGCAGUUUGGCUUCAUACCGGGGAGAAGGGUGUCGGAUGCGGUGGGGCUUGUAGCGGAUGUCAUCGACGCGGCAAAGAAUGGCAUGGAGGACUGGUAUAUGCUGCUGGUCGACUUCAGGAAAGCCUUUGACUCAGUUUCCCGGGACUUCACCUUUGAGGUCCUUAAGAAGAUGGGCUUUCCGGAGCGUUUUGUCGGGUGGGUGAAAGGACUGCACGACAACACGCGCACAAGUUUAUUAGUUAACGGAUGGAUGGGGGAAGCAGUGGAUGUGGUAUCAGGAGUCCGGCAGGGGUGUCCCAUCGCCCCUUACUUGUUUCUCUGUGCGGUGGAACCUCUGGUGCAGCUGGUGGAAAAGAAGAAGUUGGGAAUUACCAUCAGGGGUUGUACUGAGCAACGGCUGGCUUACGUCGGUUAUGCCGAUGAUACUACUCUCCUACUUCAGGGAAAACAGCAAAUCGUCAAAGCGGAGGAAGUACUGGAGGAGUUCAAGAACAUCUCUGGGUUGGCGACGAAUAAAGAUAAAUCGGUGGUGCUUCCGCUAGGAGUUAACCUUGGCAAAAAGACCUGGCGCACAGAUGGCUUCAGAUGGGCAGGUGCGGAUGAGGCUGAAAAGCUUCUUGGUAUCUGGGUCACGCCCAGCGGAAGCUGCCAGCCGACCUGGGACAAGGCCCUGGAGAGGAUUGUGGGGAAGAUGUCCCUGUGGCAGCCGCAGUAUCUGCCGAUUAAAGCAAGGAGAGCUGUGAUGGAUGGUUACAUCAUGCCGAUAGCCUGGUCGCAGGCCCAGGUGUACCCGCCGCCUGCUCGGACCUGGGGGGUUAUAACGAAGCUGUCGCACACUUUCAUGUCAGCCAACAAGGUUACAACGGAGAAAUGUUUCUUCCUAUGGAGUAAGGAGCUGCUGUACACGCCGGUGUUGGAAGGAGUUUGGGAGGGGAAGAGCCAGCGGUGGAAGUUGGCAUGUGAAAACUUCAUGCGUUCUCCUCUGGCGGUGACAGGGGCAGAGCGAAGCAAAGAGGAGGUGGGGCUGGAGAGAAUUGUGUUUAACAGACACAUUCUUCGGAAAGGCUCCACGCCAUUUGGGGGACAAAAGGCGGCGAAACGGCUGCGAGAAGUAAGGCUGGGGGAUCUGAUCCGGAAAGAUGAGGAGGGGAGGGGCACGCUAAAGGACCUGGUCACUCUGGAGAGGGAGCUGCUGGGGAUGGAGGCUGCGAAGCUGGCACUGGAGGCCUUUGCUGCAGCACCAGAAGCUUGGAGGGGAUUGCUUCUCUCAGCUGAGUUACCGCAGAUGGGCUUUGCAGAGGUGUAUGUGGCAGGGAGAGAGGGGUCAAAGCAGUUGCGCAACAAAUUCCUGGUGAAGGGGGAGGUUGCGCCGAUGAAGUCGCUCAGGUCCUCCACGGCGGCACGUCCUGGCAGGUCGCUCAAGGGGGAGUCGAGUGACAUUCGCGCACCCGCCACGAGCGUCACCGCGCCCCCUGUGCUGCAGGCGGGAGGGGCUGAGAGCAAGCUCGAGGCGGGGAACAGCGCGAAGAACCGAGCCCAGAGCACCGGAGAAAACGGCGCACCGGAGAAAACGGCGGAGAAGCCGGGUCAGAGUAAGGCAAAGGAGCAGAGUAUCCUGGAGCGCGUGAGCAGCGGGCUGAGGAGCAUCGGCGCCGCGAUCACGUCGGCGGCGAAGGGGGUAGCGGAGCGCGUGAGCACCAUGGCGGCCGCCGUCAGAAAGACGCUCGCUGGCUCUGCCAAACCACCUGCCGCCACUCCCGCGCCAGGCAAGGCACCUCCCGCUGCGCCGGGCGGCACUGGAGCGACCGCGGGCGAGCCUGCUGGUGACGUUGAUGCCGCCGCUGCAGGCGGAGGUGGUGCGGCUCCCCCUGCGAAGCCCGCACAGCCCGCACAUGGGGCGGGCAGGGAAGGCAUUCUGAGCCCUGUGGAUGGCGCAAGCGGGAACGGUGCAUCUUCCGAUUGA